GCCACGCCCUCUUUACUCAGCGCAGGGUCUAGUUUAUUGACCGCAGUGAUAGCAGGGCCCUCCCUCUGUCUCUGCAGAAUAAAUACUCGCAGCCUGUCUUUCCCAGGCAUGGAUGACGGUUGCGGACAAACAUGGCACUACGACAUUACACACUCGACUUCAGCCUCUCUACGGCAGUUGAUGCUGCUUCAACGGUUCCUGGACUGUUGUCCAUCUUCCAUGAGCAGGAACUAACAGAGACUGUCCACGACACAGAUGGACAUGGAUACCUGGCCACGUUCGUAGGCAAGAAUGGACGACUCGUGGUCCUCCGUGUCCACUCCCGGGGCCUGAUCACCAUCGACCUGCAGUGUUAUGAUGAGGACAACAUCGCACAACUUGACAAUCUUUUAAAUGCACUGGAAGAGAAGCUGCGAGCUCUGCUGAAAGACAACAUCACACGAGUUAAAAGACUCCCGGUUCUGACACGCGGGGCCAACGUCGACCGGUACUGGCCGACGACAGACGGCCGUUUAGUGGAGUACGACUUUGACCAGGUUUUGUAUGAGGAGGAUUCUGCCUACCAGAAUAUCAAAAUAUUUCACUCCCCGCAGUUUGGGAACAUCCUGGUACUCAAUGGAGAUAUUAACCUGGCAGAGAGUGAUCUGCCCUACACCCAGGCCAUCAUGGGCAGCGGGAAAGAGAAUUAUACCGGAAAGGAGGUGCUGAUACUAGGAGGAGGUGACGGAGGCAUCCUGGCUGAGCUGGUCAAACAGAAGCCCAAGAUGGUCGUCAUGGUGGAGAUUGACCAGAAGGUGAUGGACGGCUGCAGGAUGUACAUGAGGAAGACCUGUGGAGACACUCUGGACACUCUGGAGGGAGACUGCUACCAGAUACUGGUGGAGGACUGUGUCCCUGUGUUGAGGAAGUACGUCCAGGAGGGUCGGAUGUUCGAUUACGUCAUCAAUGACCUCACUGCGGUCCCAAUAUCCACGGAGCCAGAAGAAGAGUCAACAUGGGAGUUCCUGCGCCUCAUCUUAGACCUGUCAAUCAAAGUCCUUCGUCCAACUGGGAAAUACUUCACGCAGGGUAACGGUGUUUGUGUGAAGGAAGCACUGAGUCUGUACGAGGAGCAGCUGGGAAAACUCUGCUGUCCCGUGGACUUCUCCAAAGAGGAGGUGUGUGUCCCCUCCUACCUAGAACUGUGGGUCUUUUACACCAUAUGGAAGAAAUGAAGACACGAAGAAGUCGACUGUAGUCCGCUGGAGUCAACUGUAGUCCACAGUGUAGUCCGCUGUAGUCCACUUGUAGUCGACUGUAGUCCGCUGUAGUCCACUGUAGUCCACUAUAGUCGACUGUAGACGACUGUAGUCCACUAUAGUUGACUGUAGACGGCUGUAGUCUACUGUAGACGACUGUAGUCGACUGUCUUUGCUGACCUGCAGUUGGAAUGUGAACGUUGGACUCCUGCUCCUGCUGUAGCCUUAAGGUCAUGUGCUCAGACUGAAUGUGACCUUUUUCCUCAGUGACUCCUUUUAUUCCCUGAUCCUAUGAUCCAUGAGUGGACCAACAGUUCCCAAAUGUUCCCACUCCAGACAAUAUUCCUAAUGUUAACCCCAGAGGUGAAAACCCAUCUAAAACGCUCAGAUGACCAUUCCCAGUUCCACCGGCUCACCUGCAGGGGCCGCCUCUGAGCAGUCAGGUCACAUUUACAUUCAGUCUGAACACAUCUUUAGGCACUCAACUCUUCAUUCUUCAUCCCACACCAUUCUGCUCCCUCCUCUCCUUCCUUCCUUCCUCCCCUGCCCUCCCUCUGCCUCCUUCCUUCCCUCCUUGUGUUCCGCCUGUCUUUUUUUGCACUUCCUUCUGAUUGUGUUCUGUUUGUGUUGCUCACUUGUGAAUGCCCAUUUGCAUGAAAGCUGAGACAAAAGCAGUUUGAAUGUUCGGCACUGAUGGUAAACACUGAGGACGUGUAUCUGCUGUCUGACCAGUGUGUGUUCUCUCUUCCUGUUCGCUGUUUUUUUUUUAACUGUUGUUGUCUGAAGAAAACAAAAACUUUUUUAGCUUUUUUUUAGUUUUGUUACUGCCGCUGGAAUGUGUUGAGAUUCCUUUUCUUUUAGAUUGUUACCAUGGUGAUGAGAUAGCGCCCCCUGAUGCUAUUGAUGAUGAUGUCCAAAAGUGUGUGUUGUUGGGGUGUUGUACCUCUUUCGUGUCACUUCUGUGCUUGUUUUUAUGGUUGUGUUUUAUGAGUACCUUGUUUUUCUCCUAAAGUCUAUUUAAAGUUUGUUUCUUCUUUUUGACUACGGCUGUAAUAGGUGCAUGUGAACGGACGGUGAAUGUAGCUGCAUUAUGACAAAUUCACAUCAGGUUUAUGCUCGAUCGACUCUCUGGGGCUUGGUUACAUUUAUUUAUAUCCAAUAAUUUGAAACCAAAAACUGUUGUGUUCCACCUGAGAUAUUUUUGUGACCAUCGAUGAAUUAAAUAUUUGGAGUGG